AUGGCCGACCCCGACGACUAUUGGAGCGCCGUGCUCGUCGUCUUGGUUCCCGUCGUCGUUGUGGCCGUGUGCGUCACCUUCAUUAUCAUGUGGUGCCCAUGGCGACGGAUCCGCCUCUUCACGCUCGGCGGCGUCACCACCCUGACGCGGACGCUGAACUACACCUGCACCAUGUGCCAAGACAGCAUGGAGGCCGGCGAGAAGGUCCGCACACUCUCCUGCGACCACGCGUUCCACUGCGGCGGCAGCGCAAGGUGCGAGAGGGACAUCGACCAAUGGCUUCUCACUGCGGAGGUGAUGGCGUGCCCGCUCUGCCGCAAGAGCCCCUAUCCCGUGCUGCCGUGGAAGCAGCCACCGCCAUCGUCGCCAGCGCCUUCACCGUCAGCAUCGGAGCCAGCGCUACAGCAGUUGCCGCGGACGUCGUCGACGCAGGAUUUGGAGAAGGCGCUGCUGCUUCCGGCGAACGACGAGACACUAGCGGAGGCGUCGUCGUCAGCAUCGGCGCCACCGCUAGCGCAGACGCAGUUGCCGCGGACCUCGACGCCGGAUUUGGCGGGGGUGUUGCCGCUUCCGGCGGACGACGAAAUACUACCGGAGGCGUCGUCAUCGCAGUAG